AUGGAUUUGAAAAACGUUAAAGAUUGUAUAGAGGUUUAUCCUUUGGGUGCGGGACAAGAUGUAGGGCGCAGUUGUAUUUUGAUUAAAAUUUAUGAUAAAAUUAUAAUGUUAGACUGUGGUUUGCAUAUGGGUGUAAAUGAUUUAACAAGAUAUCCAGAUUUCGAAAAGAUAAAAUAAAUUUGGAAUAUUCCUGAAAAAAGAAAGUGGGACUAGAUCAUAGAUUUAGUUUUAAUAUCUCAUUUUCACUUAGAUCAUAUUGGUGCGCUUCCCUAUUUUACAGAAAUUUAUAAUUAUGAUGGUCCUAUUUAUAUGACAAGUCCUACUAAGGCACUUCUUCCAUACAUGUGCGAAGAUUUUAGAAAAGUAAUUACAGAAAGCUAAAAGAAAGAGUUUACAGAUGAUAGUAUUCCUUAAACUCCUGCUUAAAAAAUCAUAAAUGACAGCAGAUAUCCUUUAAUUUAUACUUAAGAAAACAUCUAAAAGUGUUUUUAAAAAGCAAAAACUAUCUAGUUGCUUGAGACUAUUGAUGUGAAUGGUAUAAAAAUUAAGCCUUACUAUGCUGGACAUGUUUUAGGAGCUUGUAUGUUUAUGAUCGAGUAUCGAAAUGUGAAGGUGGUUUAUACUGGCGACUUUCACUCGAAUGCUGAUAGACAUUUAGGAGCUGCUUGGAUCGAAAAAGUAAAACCUGAUUUGCUUAUUUCAGAGUGUACAUACGGCACUAUUAUAAGAGAUUCAAAGAGAGCUAGAGAGAAAAAUUUCUUAAAACAAAUUCAAGAAACAAUAGAUCAAGGAGGAAAAGUUCUCAUACCAGUUUUUGCUUUAGGAAGAGCUUAAGAAUUGUGUAUUUUGUUAGAAACCUAUUGGUAAAGAACACAAAGCUAAGUUCCUGUAUAUUUUGCAGCUGGUAUGAUUGAAAAGGCUAACUUCUACUAUAAAUUAUUUGUGAAUUGGACAAACGAAAAAAUAAAAAGUUCAUACCUUACAGAUAACAUGUUUGAUUUCAAAUAUAUAAAGCCCUUUUCAAGAUCACUUAUAAAGACAAAUGGUCCAAUGGUUCUUUUUGCAACACCUGGAAUGCUUCAUGCGGGUCUUUCGAUGUAAGUCUUCAAAGAAUGGUGCUAUGAUGAAAAAAACACAUUAAUUAUUCCUGGAUAUUGUGUAGCUGGAACUUUAGGUAACAAAUUGCUUAGUGGUUGCAAGCAGGUCAUUUUAGAUAAAAAGGUCUAUGAUGUUAAUAUGUAGGUAAAAAAUAUGAGUUUUUCUGCACAUGCAGAUGCUAAAGGAAUUUUAGGCUUAAUAAAACAUUGUGAACCUAAAAACGUAAUGCUAGUACAUGGAGAUGUUACUAGAAUGAUGCCACUGGCAGAAACAAUUAGAGAUUAAUUUGAAAUAUAAGUUUUUACUCCAGCAAAUUUUGAAUUAAAUAAGAUCCCUUUAAUGAAUGAAGAUAACCACUCAAUAAAAAUUACUGAAGAUAUGAAAAGAGAGAUAGAAGAAUAAAAAAUGAAUGAAAUUAAUGGAUUGAUUUUUUACAAUUAGGACAAACAAUAUUAAAUUUUAAGGGAUCUUGAAGAGUUUUAGCAGCUAUUAAACUAGUUAUCAGAUGAAUACGAUGCAUACUGGCAUAGAUUUGAGACAGGAUAUAUAAUUAAGAUAAAUCUGUCAGUAAAAAACAAAUGCUCUGAUUCUUAAAAACCUGAUUUGAUUGAUAAAAAUAAAUUGAUUAAUCAUUACAAGCAAAUCUUAGAAGCUAUUUUGAAAAUGCAUGAAAAAGCUAAAGAUACAUUAAGCGAUUACUUAGAAUUAUGCAACACAGAUAAUUUUGAUGUGCUUGAUAAUGAAUUCUUGGUCAUAAAAACAAGCUAGCAAUUUACUCCUUAGCAAUAAAAAAUAAUUGAUAGUAUCUUCAAUGCUUUAAAUAUAUAUAACAAUAAAUGA